AUGGAAACUGAACUUCCCCACACACGCAUCCGAGCAAUUAUGAAAAGUUCUGUGGAUACUGGACAAGUAACUAACGAAGUACUAUUUCUAAUGACAAAAUCGACGGAAAUGUUUAUUAAACAUUUUGCCAAAGAAUCCUAUAAACACGCCAAGAAACCCAAUAACUUACAAUAUAAUCACCUGGCAGAUUUGGUCCAAGAAAACGACAAUUUAGCCUUUCUGCUGCAAAUAAUACCACAAAAGAUUAAGGUAAAGGAAUUUAAGGCACUUUUGGAGCAAGGUGAUGAAAGUAGUGAAUCAUCUUCGGAUAGUGAAUAGC